CUCUCCAGCAGUCGUUUUUUCAGGACUCCUCAGCACAGCAAAAAUAAAAAAAAAAAAAAAGCAAAGAGAAAACCUUACUCUUCAAUGGCGGCAACUCUGCCAUGACCUCCUCAUACACAUUCGCUUAUGUCGAUAUCCACAAGAACCAGACGCUUCGUCUCUGAUUCUUCUAUUCUAUCUCAUCUCCAAACCCUUAUUUUCAUUUCACAGAGGUCGAAUCAUACUUUAGCUGGAAAUGGUCAAAAAUCCCACCUUCAUCACGAAGCUGGUUUUGAUCCUGCAGCCCUAGCAAGCAGCGUGGACAUGAGAGCAUGGAAGGCAGUUAAUUCCAGAUGUUUCCGCAUAUAUAAUCAUAUGAUUCCACGGUCUUCGUGGACAGUUCUGAAAAUUCUCAAACAUAAUGGUUAUGAUGCCUAUCUUGUUGGUGGAUGCGUGAGGGAUUUAAUCUUAAAGAGAAUACCUAAGGAUUUUGAUAUCAUUACAACUGCUGAUCUUAAACAGAUCAAAAAGCAAUUUCAUCGCUGUCAGGUUGUGGGGAGGCGAUUUCCGAUAUGUCGGGUUUUCAUUCAAGGUUCUGUUAUUGAGGUAUCCAGCUUUGGCACAGUUGCCAAACACGAUGAAGGAAAGCAAACAGCUAAUUUUUCCCAAAUGCCAAUUGGUUGUAACGAAAAGAACUUUUUCCUCUGGAAGAAUUCUUUGUGCCGGGACUUCACUAUUAACAGUUUAUUCUACGAUCCUUUUGUAGAUACAAUCUAUGAUUACGCUAAUGGAAUCGACGAUCUUAUCUCGUGCAAGGUGCGAACAGUCAUCCCAGCUAAAAUUUCUUUUGAAGAGGAUUGUGCGAGAAUGUUACGUGGCUUGCGAAUUGCAGCUCGUCUUGGCUUAUCAUUUUCCAAGGAAACAGAAAUUGCAAUACAAGAUCAUUUGUCGUCGAUAAAGAAUUUGAACAAGACAAGGCUAAUGUUGGAAAUGAACUAUAUGUUUUCCUAUGGAGCCGCUGAAUCCUCUCUCUGUUUACUCAGGAGAUUCAAACUUCUGGACAUCAUUCUUCCAUUCCAUGCGGCAUACCUAGUUCAAGAGUCCCCUGGUCAAUCUGCUCAAAGCUCUCUUAUGCUGAUGAAAUUAUUUUCUUGUAUGGAUAAGUUACUUGCCUGUGAUCGACCCUCUGGAUGCUUCUUGUGGGUUGCCCUGCUGUCGUUUCACCUAGCACUUGUAAAUAACCCUCAGAAGGCUCUUGUUAUUUGGGCUUUCUCAGCUGUCUUGUAUCAUGGUAAUUGGAGGAAAGCUGUCAAAUUUGCAAGAGAAAGUGCCCAAUUGCAUGUUCAGUUUGUCCCUGAGAUUUCAGAUGUCUGUGGUACCAUGACCGAUGAAGAACUUACAGAAGAUGUCAUUAGUUUAGCCUCCAAAGUUAGAUCUUCUAUUGGUGCUUUAACCGAUGCAGAUAAACUGGAGUCAGUGAUUCAAAAUUAUCCUUUCGCAUCUCCUUGUUUAGCCUCCCAAGUUAGAUCUUCUAUUGGUGCUUUAACCGACACAGAUAAACUGGAGUCAGUGGUUCAAGAUGAUCCUUCCGCAUCUCCUGAUCUGGGAGGUGCUUCCAAUCUGGUAUUUAUUUCGAAGGCAGUUGGCCAGAAUGUGGGCGAGCUUUUUCGUGUCUUCGAACAAAAUCUUGAGAAAUACGCCAAUGAAAGGAAAAGUUUUGAAAUUGACUAUGGAUUGCUUGCGAUGGGUAAUAUUAAAGAGACAAGAUUUUUGCUAGGUAAAGUCAUCAUGGAUGCAAUGAGCAGCGGGGUCUUCCCGAAACAACAGGAGGUGGUCGUACAAGAACAACAAGGUGUGGCCACUGGAAAUCAUCAUGUACCAUUCUCUUCUUCUGAAAAGCAGCACAGGGAUGUUAAGAGAAAAACGAUUUCACCAAAGAUAAAAAAUCUUGAACAACAGCACGAUGAAAGCGAAAAGGAAAUCAAUGGCUCUAAACGAGUUUCGAUACUUGGGAAAAGGAAGGUGGUGGCUGAGAAAAGAAAUGGCGAGUUCUCGGAACUGGCUAACUUAAAAACACGGAUUGAGCCAGAAAAUAAGGGUAACCCUGCAGAAUUGGCCAACCUAGGUGAAGUCGUCCAAGAACGGCAAGAGGUUGCAAAUGAGAAAAUCAAUGGCUCUGAACGAGUUUUGGAGCUUCGGAAAAGAGCUUCGAAGCUUUGGAAAAGCAAGGUGGUGACCAAGAAAAUAAAGGAUAAGGUCGAGGAACUGCCUAAUCAUUUAAAGCGUCAGAAUGAGGGUGAAUGCCAAGGAUCAGAGUCUAGCCCAGAACAAAAGAAGGUGGUAGAGAGAAAGAGUAAUUGUGAUCAAUCAAUUUCAAAUCUGAAAGAACAGGAGGUGGCAGGAAAGGAGAAAAGCCAUAAACCUCUGUCAAGUCUGUUCCUGUAAAUCACAUUGUUAUCGUAAAUUAUUGCAGGCUCGGGGUUGCUUAAUCAAGUUUAAGCUGACUUUGCUUAGGUUAUGUAGGUUAUCUCUAAGCCCUAAUAGAUAAGGGCGGAGCCUAGUUGAGUUGAGAUAUGGUGAUCAAAAUUUUGAAGUUACCUCUUUGCAGCAGUUCUUUUCAUUUUUUUUCACAAAA